GCUCGACUCGCGUCGUCAACAUGUAGCACCACGCCGUUGUUGCCCCAAGCAGUUGUUAUUAUACCGCUUGAUCGUAGCCCACCUUGGUGCUCUCCAGGCGUUGCUGCGCAGCCACCCUUUGAGAGCGAUACCCUAGCCUCCGAUCAUCCUCCGCCUCCGUUACAACCGCCGCCUAUCCAUCCGUCGAACCGUGAGCACGCACAUCAAUACACACCAUGGCUGCCGAAGACCGAUACAAAGAGCGGCCUGCUCGCAAGCUCACCAAGAAGCGCAAAGAGUCGCGCCGUGUGUCCCUAGACAUCCCCGAGCGCUUUAGAGAUGCGGGCGAUGCGGACGAGGAUGUUGCGGCGCCCAAGCACAGCAACGCGGUAUCGAUGCACCAGUCUAUAUUUUCCAUGAUUGCACGAGCCGGCCAUCAGUCACAGACGGACCUCGGCCUCCCCCGAGAUGUAGACUCGGGCGAAAGCGACGAUGAGGCGCGGCGGAAUAUUAACUAUGGCAGUUUGGAUGGUGCAGCAAGGAUGAGCCGUCUGAGCUCCGUUCACGAUUUCCACAGCCCGCUGGAGGAGGUGGAAGAGGGCAAGCCGCUGAAGAGCAAGCACCGGAAAGCCCUCUCGGAGCACAAACUGCUGCGUUCGCUACCCAAGCUAAAGAUCUCAGGCAGGAAGGAAUCCAAGUCGGAGGCCCACGCAACCGACACCAUGUCUUCGUCACAAUUCCUCCCUUCGCGUCAAUCGGAAGACGAACUACCCCUUUCCUCGCGAGACGAAUCGCUAGUCGACAUGAAGCCCAAGCCGGUAUCUGGACAGGACUUGCGCAUUGCGAAGCGUCGAGGCUCAGACCGCAAGAGCAGGUACGGAGGCACAGCAAGCGGAUCCAAGAGCAAAACGACCGCCCCGCUUGCAAAUCGCUUGCAGCAAAUUUUUGAGUUCGAAGACUUGGAGGAAGUCAUCUCAGAAUACCCUUGCUGGCUGUUACAGAGCAUACUGCUUCAAGGAUACAUGUAUAUCACCCAGAAGCACAUAUGUUUUUAUGCAUAUAUACCCAAGAAGCAUCACGAUGUUAGUAAAACUGGCUAUCUUUCCAAACGCGGUCGGUCGAAAUACAAUCGAUACUGGUUUGUACUGAGAGGCGACGUGUUAGCUUACUACACCAACCCUACAGAGCUAUACUUCCCUCGCAAUCGCAUCAACCUACAAUACGCAAUAUCUGCCGAAGUUUUGGAGAGCAAAGACAAGCAUAAGGACGAGACGACUUUUGUAGUGACAACAGACGAGAAGACCUUCCAGUUCAAGGCUGACAGUGCGGUGAGCGCGAAAGAGUGGGUACGGUCCAUACAAAAGGUCAUAUUCCGAACGCACAACGAAGGUAAUAGCGUGAAAAUCUCCCUGCCCAUUCAAAACGUCCUUGAGAUUGAAGAGAGUACCAUUCUCGAUUUUGCCGAGACGGUGAAGAUUCGCGUGAUUGAUAAUGACGAGACAUACGCGAUCGACGAGUACUUCUUCUCUUUCUUCAGCCAGGGCCAGGAUGCUCUGAAUGUGCUGCGUAUCAUGAUCAACGACAAUGAACACCACCAGACGAUGCAGCAGCAGGGCGAUCCGAGUGCAGCAACACCGACCAUCGUUAAUCUUCCCAGUAGCCGUAAUGCGGGCCCAGCUCAAGACAGUCCCGGCCACGCUCCGUAUAUAGAAGAGAAUGUGAGGGCGACCUUAUCGCCGUUACCUGGUCCUGUUGUUGGGCGCUCAAGCAUGAGCGCAGAUUCACGGUCCAGUCUCGAUGUGCAAAAGAGCCUGGACGUGCGACGUAGUAUGGACGCAAGCCGCUCUUUUCGACGACCUAGUCACGAGGUUCGCCGCAGUUUCAGCGGACAUCGUUACGAUAAACAAUCGAAGGGUCGAUCCGGUGACAAGUCGCCAUUGUCACCUAGACCACAAGACACUUCAGACUCGGCGACGAAUUCGGUGGAUCCCGGUACCGAAUCAUCGGCCCAUGUGCAAUCCAUGGAUGAGAGCAACGCGUCUGCAAGUCAAAUAUUGGGGCGCUCAGAUGUUUUUCGCGCCCCAACAGUUCACUCUGGCCAAGCCACUACGUCUGAAAGGUCCGAUGAACUCGGCCGACAUUCACAGGACACGACCCGCUCGUCAGGUGGGCGGAACUUUCACCCAAAGGCCUCGCGCCAAAGCAAAGAGUCUGGUGGCUUGGGCGCUCGGCAGUCAGCCAGAUAUAAACACGACCUCGAGAACGAUCACGACCAAACGACCGCACGUUUAUCAACCUCGUCUACCACUGCACUUCAAGAAAUUGCCUCGUAUCCGCUCCAAAAAGCAGCUGGUUUAGCAGGAUUCUUACGCACCCGGUCAAAGAAGAUGGGCAAUUUACUUUCUACCGAGUCUAUGGGCUAUUACGAAAAGGUUUCUGGGAUGCUAGCAGGCGGUCGAAAGCACUACAACGUGGCAGACGGACUGCAACCAAAUGACCGAGUCCAUGACCCCGAAGAAGACGAGGAUGCUGCUAAGGCAGCGCACCACUUCCAGGAGCACUUUGCGCUGCCCGACGAGCAACUCCAGUCCUCCUACUUUGCGUAUCUGCAACGCAUCCUUCCGAACUACGGAAAGAUCUACAUCAGCGGACGCUCUUUCUGUUUUCGGAGUCUCGUGCCUACCGUUAAGACUAAGAUAAUCCUGCCGAUGCGUGACAUCGAGACGAUCAACAAAGAGAAGGGCUUCCGAAUGGGCUAUCACGGUCUGGUAGUCGUUAUUCGCGGUCACGAAGAACUGUUCUUUGAGUUCGCAAAAGCCGAGCAUCGCGAUGAAUGCGCUAUCUCUAUCUUGCGCAUUUUGGAGAGUACCAAGUACAUUGAAGAAGAUCAGUCGUCCGAUGAUGCGGAUAGCGAGGAUGAAGCAGCCAAGGCUGAGCAUGAGCUACUGCAGGCUGCACGAGAUACGGCAGAAGGAGACGUAAAUCUGCCGACUACGCCCGCAGCAGAGCUUGAUCGCAUUCCACUCAUUUUUGAUGAUCCACUAGCAUCGAUUGUGGACUUCAAGCCGGCCGAGCCCUUGAAGAUCGUGUGUCUGACGAUUGGAUCUCGUGGCGAUGUACAGCCCUACAUCUCCCUUUGCAAGGAACUGAUCAAGGAGGGACAUGAGCCCAUCAUCGCGACCCACGGCAUGUUCGAGAGUUGGGUCAAGGAACACGGCAUUGGAUUUGCCCCUGUAGCUGGCGAUCCUGCCGAGCUUAUGCGCAUUUGCGUCCAGCACGGCAUGUUUUCCUACGGAUUCCUGAAGGAAACGAACUCGAAAUUUCGUGGUUGGCUGGACGAGCUGUGCGAUACAGCCUGGAAAGCAUGCCAGGGAGCCAAUGUCCUGAUCGAAAGUCCGUCCGCUAUGGUUGGAAUACACAUCGCCGAAGCUCUGGGAAUCCCGUACUUCCGAGCUUUCACAAUGCCAUGGACACGCACCCGAGCAUAUCCGCAUGCCUUCGCCGUGGGGCCGAAUAAGAUGGGCGGAGCCUGGAACAGCAUGACAUACCUAACCAUAGAUAAGGUAUUCUGGGUUGCCAUCGCCGGCCAGAUGAAUAGUUGGCGCCGCGAACAGCUCAAGCUGCGUAACACGUCGCAGGCCAGGAUGCAGGCAAAUCAGCGGCCAUUCCUGUACAACUUCAGUCCACAUGUUGUCCCUCCGCCAUGCGACUGGCCCGACUGGAUCCGCGUCACCGGCUACUGGUUCCUGGACGAAGUCGAUUUCAAGCCGCCCGAAGACCUGAGCCAAUUCAUCGCAAAGGCGCGAGCCGACAAGAAAAGGCUGGUAUAUAUUGGGUUCGGGUCUAUUGUCAUCCAGGACCCAGCUGCUCUUACCAGAACUAUUAUCGAAGCGGUGCAGCUGGCAGACGUUCGCUGUGUGCUCUCCAAAGGCUGGUCCGACAAAUGGCAGGGCGACAAGGAAAGCACGAAGGACGCUUCUGAGGUCGAGAUUCCCCUGCCGCCUGAGAUCUUCAAGAUCGAAUCUGCACCGCAUGACUGGUUGUUCAAGCAGAUGGAUGCCGUUGUUCACCACGGCGGCUCAGGCACCACCGGUGCCAGUCUCCGAGCCGGAAAACCAACGAUAAUCAAGCCAUUCUUUGGGGACCAGUACUUCUUUGCCACGCGCGUAGAAGACCUUGGUGUAGGUAUGUACCUCAAGAGGAUCAACACCAAGAUGCUGGGCAAAGCUCUGUGGGAAGCAACCAACAGCGAGCGGAUGAAGGUCAAAGCCAGGAUCCUCGGGAAUAAGAUCCGGAAGGAGAAUGGGGCGCAGUUAGCCGUACAGACGAUAUACCGCGAGCUCGACCGAGCAAAAGCUCUUUCGUGUCGACAACCGGAACGAGCGGAAGACGAGGAGCACUACGGCGACAUGGAUGCCGACUGGACUCUGGUGGAUGAUGAAGGGGACGUGCAGGGCAUGGACCUUCCCCUCGAAGCCAUCUCUGGGAUGCGUGAACAGGCCAUGGACGAUUCGGAAACGGGACCAUCGACCUUGGCAGUGGGUGCGGUCUUGUCACAACAACGCAAGGCGGACUAGGCGACAAAAGUCCUGGCUCUUUACGUCCCUUUGCGUAACUUCUUGCAGCGUUCUCCGCCAUCUGUUACGACUGUUUAAUCUGUAAUAUGGGACGUCUAGUACAUGAUGGUUAGAUGCGAGGGGCAUUGCGGGUGUCAGGGUAGCAUUGCACAGGUGCACUUUUGCAUCGUUGAGCGCGGCGUUGU